GAGCGGUCGCGCCACUCCGGCUAAAAUAUAAUUCCGAACUCGUUUGUUUAUUUUUUUUUACGCAAGUGACAGUUGUAGAGGCAAAGGAAUUUAGUUUAUACAAUUACUCAUGCUGUGAUUUCGACUCGAAAGAGUGUGGUGUUCUAUAUUUAAAUCGGCGUUUUCAACAAUAUGGAUGCCAAAGAAGAGUUCACCAAAAAACCGAAGAAUGACGCGGACGCGUUGGACGCAGUGCUCAGCCAUAUUGGCGACAUGGGGCGCUACCAAAAGUUCCUAUUUAUCGUCAUGAUGCCCUUCGGUAUAUUCUUCGCCUUUAUAUACUUCGUGCAGAUGUUCAUAGCUGCCACACCACAGAACCACUGGUGUGCUAUACCUGAACUCGCUCAUCUGGAAAUGGAAGUCAGACGCAACCUAUCAGCACCAGGAGCGGCAUCAGGUAAAUGGGAGCGAUGCGUCACCUACGACGUGAACUGGACUCAAGUGCUGGAGACGAUGACCCCGCCCCCUCCUGGCACGCCCACCAUACCCUGCCAACAUGGAUGGGACUUCGAGCUCAAUGAUAUACCUUAUGCCACUGUUGUUAGUGAGAGAGGCUGGGUGUGUGAACACGCUCAAAAUGUGCCGAUGGCUCAGGCGGUGUUCUUCGCCGGUGCCUUCGUAGGGGGCCUUAUCCUGGGCUGGCUAGCUGAUCACUUUGGACGAGUACCAGCUGUUAUGGCUGCCAACCUAAUCGGUGGCAUCGGUGGUGUAGCUACAAUCUUCACAAAGGGAGUAUGGGACUUUACUCUCUGCCGGUUCCUAGUGGGCAUGUCCUUCGACAACGCAUUCAUGAUGGUAUACAUUUUAGUGAUUGAAUACGUGGGAUCUCGGUACCGUACUAUAGUGGCAAACAUGUCUAUUGCGCUGUACUUCGGCAUGGGAUGCCUCUGCUUACCCUGGUUAGCUCUUUGGAUCAGCGAUUGGAGAAUGCUUCUCUGGGUCACCUCGCUGCCAAUGUUACUCGUUGUCUUCGCGCCUUUUGUCCUACCAGAGAGUGUGAGAUGGUACGUGAGUCGCGGUCGCGUCAACCAGGCGGUGGAGGUCCUUAGAAAGUUCGAGAAAGUCAACGGCACUAAGGUCCCAGAUGAUGUCAUGGAUGAAUUUAUUAUGGCAUCAAACCAAACGAAGGACAGCAAGGAGUCACUUCUGGUUCUAUUGAAGAGUGCUCCUCUCCGGCUAACGAUGAUUCUCAUGCUGAUAGUCUACAUGAGCUGUUCGGUGAUCUUCGACGGCCUCGUCCGAAUGUCUGAUGCUUUCGGACUUGACUUCUUCAUCAGUUUCACGUUGACUUCAGCCACUGAGAUUCCUUCCGUCACUCUGUUGGCUAUCGUGCUUGAUAGAUGGGGUCGCAGAAAACUCACAGCUGGGCCAUUGGCUAUUGCAGCUAUACUUAUUGGUAUCGCUAUGAUAGUGCCGAAAGGCAUACCACAAGCAUCAAUGGCGAUAAUGGCGCGGUUCUUUAUGAACAUGUCAUACAACGCGGUGAUCCAGUGGGCCACGGAGCUGCUGCCCACUGCGGUGCGAGCCUCGGGCUCCGCCACGCUACACAUGAGCGGCUACAUCAUAUCUAUACUUUCACCGUACAUUGUGUAUUCUGAAAGAAUAUGGACGCUUCUACCGCUGUUGAUCCUUUGCAUCAUAUCGGUGAUAGGAUCAGGUAUCAGCUUCGUGCUGCCUGAGACCAAGGGCAGACCCAUGCCACAAACUAUGGCGGACGGAGAGCGACUAGUACAGGAACAAUCAUUAUGCGGAAAAGCAGUAGACGACAACGAAGAAAUGGAAUGGAAGAACGAAAAACAAAAGGCUCUUAUUACAUAACGUUACAAUUUAUAUUUACGGGUAUUAAGGGAUCUAAAGAUAAUAAUAGACAUUGCUUCAAGCAUUCUCAAGGGUAAUCCCACUGAUGUACUUAAAGGUGCUUUCUUUUAGGGUACGUAGUGAAACCAUUAAUUAAUGUAGGUAGACGAUUUUCAGAAUAUUUUUGUAAUUUUGAAAAUCGUAUCGAGAUUUUGUGAUUAUAGUUUGCCUUGGACUGAUGUGAUGACAAGUAUGUAGAUAGGUACGGUGGACACGUCUACCUAUCCUUAUGUGUCACAUUUUCAACUUUAUUGUAUUGACGUAAAUAUGAAAAUCCAAUUUGAGACAUUGGAAUAGGUUAAUAUGUUGGCCACUGUACAUAAAACGUUGUGCUAUGAAAAUGUUAUUUAGGAGUAUGAUAGGAGUACCUAUAUGAACACAUAAGGAAUAUAUGUACAGUACGGACAUAUGGACUCUGUUAAGCAGAAAUGAUCCAGCCCACAUUUUAUUACUUUUUAGUAAUUGAAGUUUAAGGUUGGGUUGAUAAUAAAAAAAUAAAAUGACACAGUACCUUAUCAAUAGGUACUGUGUCAUAUGAUGAUUACUUUAAACUUAAUUUAGGUACUCAAAAAUAAAAUGUGGGCUGGAUCUUUUCUGCUUAACAGUGU